AAAUGGUAACCUGACAUUAUUUCGGUCCCUGACCCGUCAGGUUCAUUACUGGAGGUUGCUAUUCGUCUCUUCUCUGCCGCUAUCACUUAUGAGGACUCUCAGACGCCACCUCUCUUAUUCCCUGCCUAGGAGAGCCUAUACCAGCUAUAGGCGAACCAUUAAUAAUAUAAAUGAGCAAAAUGAACAAUUUAUUAUGAAAUUAUCAGUGCUUUUGCUAGUUGCAGGCUGCAUGUUUGCAUUUAAUAAGCAAAGCGGUCUAGCCUGGAUGAUGGAUGAAGGAGGUUUUUAUGAAAAUACACUUAGAAAGUACUCAGGGAGUUUAACAGGAGAAGCUGUUGCAUUCUUUUUUCCUCCUCAAUCAAAUUCAUUCUCUCCUCUCCACAAUGCCAAUGGCAGCAGCACUUGCUGUAGGAACAGUACCAAGGUCAAUGAUAAUCAAGCGUGGGUGGAUGAAGUAAAGGUGUCAAAUCCUGCUGUCUCCAGCAAAACAAGAGAAAGUAAAAAUGUUUUUGUAGUGUCAGCUGUAACUAGACAGAAGCAGCCGGAUGUUUUAAUUUGUCUCAGGAAAGCGUUAAUCUUAGCAAUCAUCACGUCUAUCUUUAUCAUCUUCUUGCACCUCCAAAGGACACUCAAUGAGCAAAUAUGUCUAGCAUCACCACAAAAAGUGACAUGGCAACUUCUCCUGUUUCGCCUUCUACCAUUGAGGACUUUAUCUAGAGUGAAUGGCUACACAGCAAGAUUGAACUUUCCUUACUUCUUGAGGAUUCUUUUAUGGUCAUUGUUUGUUUGGUUGUUCGAUGUCAAGCUACACGAGGCAGAGAAUGAGUCUCUUUCCAGUUAUAAGAACUUUCGGAGUCUUUUUAAGAGAAGACUAAAACCUGGUCUUAGACCUAUCAAUAUGUCCUCUGGACUUGUGUCACCAGUUGAUGGUAAAGUAAUGUAUGUUGGUACACUCACUGACGAUUACAAUACAAUUGAGCAGGUCAAAGGUGUCCAGUACUCCUUAAAAGCGUUCCUUGGUAGAGGUGUAUUACCGAGAUAUGGCCGAUCUAACGGGAUGGUACUACACACUGCAGUUCUGUACCUCUCGCCUGGCGAUUAUCAUCACUUUCAUUCUCCUGCUGAUUGGAGGCUUCACUUGUAUAGACACUUUCCAGGGGAGCUAGUGACAGUGUCCCCGUGGGCAGUUAAGCACAUGCCUGGGCUGCUAGCGUUGAAUGAGAGGGUUUUGUUAUCGGGUCAAUGGGAGCACGGAUACUUCUCUCUCACUGCAGUAGGCGCUCUUAAUGUUGGAUCAAUAUACAUUGAUAAAUAUGAGGAAUUAAAGACAAACGUUAAAGGACACUACAAGUUUAAUACAUACACAGACAAGCACCUGGGUAAAGUAGGAGACCAGCUGGUCAGAGGAGAUCACAUUGGGGGCUUCAACAUCGGCUCCACUGUUGUCCUAAUAUUCGAAGCUCCUUCUAGCUUCCAGUUUAACAUUAAACCGGGAGAUUCUGUAAAAUAUGGAGAGUCUAUAGGAACCAUUUAAUAACUUAUCAUAAUUGCAAUUAGUAUGAGUUAUUAUUGUGUCAUUCGUUAUUGCAUGUGUGUGUGUGUGUGUGUGCAUGUGUAUACAUCAAUCACUUUAGUCUACACCUUUAAUUAAAGCACAGAUCAAUAUUGCGAUUAGCUAAUUAUUCAAUUUA